CUUCAUUUCUUCUGCGCAGUGAAGCGAUUUGUACUCGUUGUGUGGAUGUUUGUAUUACCAGAGGAUAUAACAGUUAAACGCGAAAACAUGAAAUCGGCAGAUUUGAAAUCGUCCAACGAAACAAAAUUCAAUGGCGUACGUAACAAUCGACAUAAAGAACGUGACGUGACGCAAGAAGAAAUGCAAGUGUUAUUAUGCAAGCUUAAAGAACUGGUACCUAAUAUGCCUAAGAACAAAAAAUUAUCCAAAUUGGAGAUAAUACAAUACGUUAUCGACUAUAUCGUCGACUUACAAAUAGCGUUAGAGAGUCACCCAACGUCUAGACCGACCAGCGCCAUUGCUACAAGUCCGAAUCGUCAGCCAUUGGGUGUAUUAUCUACAGGAACUAACGCUGUAGUUAAUACGUGUGCGGCCCAGGAGGCUUGUCACACGGAUAAAGUCCCGAGUCAUCUAACUGAUUUAGUUGGAACUACACCGCGACCUGUUUCAUGCUAGAAUUUUUUGAAUAAUGCAACAAAAAUCCCCAACAUCAGAGGCUCGAACAGGUGCGAAUUUCCUGUCCAACAAACCUGAAAUAGUCCAAAGGCCUGCUACUUAUUCAAGUGUCUCGAACGAAGAGGACGAGGAAGCUCAAAUCAGGAUAUACUGAAAAAAAAAAAAAACAAACAAAUCCUUACUGUACCUGAACCAGGCAGGACAUUUUAAGAAGAAUGAGUGUAAUAUAUAUACAUAUUAUAUAUAUAUAUUAAACAAAAUGAAAGAAAUAAUUAUUAUAAAUGUAUAAAAUGAGAUUUUAUAUGUAUAUUAUGUUUUGAUCUUAAAAAAAAAAAAAAAGAGAACGUGCAAAUCUUGUGGCUGUGAUCCUGUGUAUAGAAAAAAUUUUUUUUCCCUUGGUCGAAAUAUGAAUAUAAUGGGACACUAGCUAUAGUCCUCAGUGAGGAAGUGCGCAUACUAAUAAGGAAAAAAAAGAAAUUGUCGCACGUGCAAAUAUUGUACAAAUUUCCUCAAUUUUUGUCUGCAAUGUGAUAACGCGAAUAUAUAUAUAAGCAGUUUUUAAAAAAA